AGCAACAACCAAAUAAAAAACAGAAUACCUUACAAACUACUGAACCUGAUAGUAGUGUCUUCACUAUCAAUAACAACAAAGAAACUCCAGUUAUUAUGGACGUCGACCCUCUUCUGCUCGAUAAAGAAAAGGGCAAAGAAGUUUUAACAGGCAAGAUCCAAUUAUCACAAUCUACAACAUGCCUUCUUUUAUUUCCUUCAGCUGAUGAUUAUGAAGUAGCAAUCAGUAAUGACAAUCUCACGAUCAAUAGCAAACAUGUAGAAUGA